AUGAUAUUAAGGAAUAUUUCCAAAUUAUUCACUGUUUAAGAAAAGCAGAGCCUAAAUUAAUAGAUGAAGUUGGUUAGAGAUCUAAAUCUGCUGAGUCGAAUGGAAAAUUAGCAAAAAAAGAUGUUGUAAAAGUAAAUAGUAAGUUAGAAAAUAAAUCUUGAGAUAGAGACAUUGUACUUUUUGUCAUUAUUAUUCUUAGAAUCUUCGUAAUUAGAAGAAAAAAAAAUAAAAUUAAAAAUUAUGUCAUCACAUAGCCAAAGUAGAUACGCCCCAAAGAACUCAUCCAUACAAGAAAUAGAAGCAUCAAUCAAUCAGAGUAAGGAGAAGAAUGGAACUAUAGUAUAAUCAAUAUGGAUCGAAGGGGUUCUGGCAAGGAUGGCGGAGGAUAAAACCCUUUAAUCUUUUUUUCUAUUGGAAAUCAGAAUAGAUUGCCAAAUGAGUAAAGAGGAGGAGAUUUCAUAAAUGUAUUUAAGGAAAAUGAUAAGAGAAAUGAUGAAGAAGUUAGAGAGGGGAAAAGCUAAGGAGGAGUUAAUGCCAAUGAUAUCUAAGUUUGA